GGGAGAGAUGCUGCCGGCUCAGGAGCUCCAGUGAUCGCUGCCGGGGGCCUACAUUGGCUUGUGCGCCACAUGGACACCAUCCAUCAGCUUUCCGCCGCUUCACCGGCGCACUCGCCCCACUAGCCCUAUCAUUGCGCCCUAUCAUUGCUUCCUCUUCAUUUCGCGGAAUAAUAUCUCGGUGUUGUGCCCCAUGGGGGGAAAGCAGAGUUCAGCCUCCCGCUCUCGGGCUCCCUUCCCGGGGGUUUCUUCAGAUGACAGUGCCGUGCCCCCCUCUUCCAACUUUGGACAUUUUAGAGGCGGGGGCGCCAUGGGCCUGCGAAGUCGUUCUGUCAGCUCAGUGUCUGGCUUGGACCCCCCUGCUGCUGCUCUACCAUUUGGUUUAUACCGAGCUGGGCCCGAUACCGAGAGAGGGGGCGGCUCAGGGAGCGAGGACUCACGGGGGGGCCUGUACCUGGGAUCCCGGGCUUCUCUGGCGGACACUCUACACAUAACCCCCAGGUGGAUAGGGGCGCACAGCGGUUUUCGUUGCCCAAUUUGUUCCAAGUCUGUGGCCUCUGAUGAGAUGGAGAUGCACUUUAUCAUGUGUCUGAGCAAACCUCGAUUGUCCUAUAAUGAUGAUGUGCUCACUAGGGAUGCGGGUGAGUGUGUAAUCUGUCUUGAAGAACUUUCACAAGGGGAUACAAUAGCCAGACUACCCUGUCUGUGCAUCUACCAUAAAAGCUGCAUAGAUUCCUGGUUUGAGGUGAACAGAUGUUGUCCUGAACAUCCUUCUGAUUGACUUGGAACAAUCUGGGCUAAAAUUCCCUUAAGCACGGAGUGUCAGCCGCUUUAGGAUCACAGAGACUGGAUUCUGCUUCCUGCCAGGGUUGUUUGAACUGCUUUUCACACAUGCCCCCUUUUUCCCUGCACUCCUUCUUUGCCCUGACAUAGAGAAGUGGGAAGCAGCCAAAACUGAAAUGUAUCCCAUAAUUCUAGUAAAAAUGUGUUGGGAGUAAACAGAUCAGGGGGUAGGCACUGUAAAUGCUGUAGCCAGAAGUGGUUUGUUUUUCAGCAGCCCCAUCCCAUCAACAUUGUUUGAGGGUGGUGACAUGAGGUCCUAGGUGAAAUGGAUAUCUGCAGCUGUCAAAGAAUGCAGAGGGGGGGGAGGGGAAAUGUUUAAUCUCUUCGUGCCCCUGGACAUAGGAUUUGCUGCAGUCUGAUGCCAUGAUAAAUGUGUGUGUAAUAUUAUGUUAUGGCACUUUGCACUGAACGUUUCUAUUUGUUUAUGACUGGGAGGAGACUGGACAUGUGGGCUCUGUAGAGCAGGGCUUUUCAACUGGUAGGUUGCAAGUUAAUAGUGAGGUUACAUUUGAAGGAUGGACAACAACCCCUGUUUUAUAAGGUUUGGCCCUCUAAAAAAUGUUGAAAUAUAUUCUUUUUGAACUGGCUUACACCACAGAAGAAGCUGGACAACACCGCAUGCUCAACUAUAGCGAGCCAAAGUGUCUCAUCCAGGGUUAUUUCCAGUGCUUCCCAAAAGAGGCACCUGUUCAUGCUGAGGUGCUACCCUUCUAGUUAUUACAUUUAAUUACGAUUUUGCACAUUUAAAUGACUGAGUAAACUGUGGACAAUGCAGAAUUGUGUGUGUUGCUGGGAAAGGUGGCAAAAUAGAGGGCAUAACCCCCACCAUCUCACUCAAGAGCAUACUCUAUGACCAAGGUAACCCAUCCAGACCUUUAAUUGCUUGCACUUCUCAAUCGAAAAACUGUCUUAACUGCGAAAGAGGGAAACUGAAUGGGUGUUAGUGGGUGAGCCCUGCUUGUUGAACAUUAUUUUCAUAUGACUGUUAGUGAUUAUGCCAUGUUUCUUUUUUUUUUUUCCUGCUAAGCAUACAGCAUUGUCAGAGUGCAUUCCUAACAUUACUGGUUAUCAACAACUAGCUUGUGCAUAUUGUAGUAUAUCAGGAUUUCAGGCCCAUUUUUUUCUUCCAGCUUAAUUGGGUGAAGGAAAACCUUGUGAAUGAGAACCAAUUGAAAAAAACCAAGAGCAUUUCUCUACAUACUUGCAUGUUUGGAUAAUCUCAUCCCCUAGAUCUGCAAAAGACUUAGAGAUCUCUCAAAUGCCUGUCUUGCUUGUUUUCAGUCUGUGUUUACUUACACUGGAGGGUCUCAUGAUGUGGUCACAUGCUGGCCUACAAUACACAACCGCAGCUUGAUGACAGUUGUGCUUGAUAUAUUAGGUCUAAUAGUUACAGCAAGUAAAAAUGAGAGAAAUCUAUUGCAGACCGAUGUGGUUCUCAUAUGCACGAGCCCUCCAUUUAUUAUGAGCACUUUUGAUCAACUCUGUUUUUUAAAAUAUUUAUUACCCUAAUUUGUGCCAAAUAAAAAAAACAAAACCAGUUGAGUGAGAUAAAGUGUAAUAAACUUCAGACAUGAACUUCACUGCAAUCUGCAUCAUUGCUGUAAAAAAUGCUUUCAGGUCUAAACUAUUACAGUAUAUGGGCAUUAGCCCUCACAGGGGGGUUUUAAAUAUAAAAAAAAUAGUUUUUUAUAUAGACAAUGUUCCCUAACAAUCAUGAAUUCUAGUCAUAUUUCAAAAGUGGUGACCCCAAGAUUACCCAGGUUGGAAUUUAGUCACGUUUCCUGCAACUGGAUCCAGUGGUACCUUGAUCUUAGCAUUUAAGGAUGUUCUGUUUAUUUUAAGUCUUGUUUUGUAUACUGUACUUCAUUUAUAUAUUUUAUAAACAUCAUUGCCGCUGAUGGGGCUAUGGAGUGCUGCAUCUGUGCAGCUCCAGCUAGUGGUGUCUUCAAGUAGUGCCAGUGAUUUCUCCAGGAUUCUAUUCAGAAACUAGUAAUAAACUUUUCUUUGCACCCAUAAAACCUUCUGAAGCAAGAGGGUAUCCUGCACUGCAUUUCAAUACUAAUAGCACCAUUUUGAUAGAAAAGCCCCAGUAUUUGAUCUGGAUAGCUUGUGCAAUGGGGGGAAUCAGAUUGGCCAAAUGUUACAUUUCUUUUUUAUUUUAUAAGUGGGGCAGGUGAGAAAGAUGCGAACCGUGUUGUAUAUCUGUUGUUAUUAAAUAAAGGAAUGAAUCUUUAGAGAUUCUGGACUGUGAAAAAAAUGAUUAAAGCUGAAAUGCAAUGUA